AUGUAAUAUUAACUUAGUAUCAUAGAUAUAGAUGGGUUUGAGAAUAAAUGGUAUUACAAAUUAAGAAUUACAAACAAUAAUAGUAUUUAUUAUCGUGAUGUACAUGUUCGAUUUUAGGAUUUGAAUUAAUUGCAAAAGAAUCUAUAAAAUGAAAGUUAUUAAUCACAUGUGAAAGAGAAUAUAUAAUUAUUAGUUACCAUAAUUUCCUGAGAAAUCAUUAUUUUAUUCAUGGUUUUAGAGUAAAGAGAGUAGAAAUGAGUUAUAGGAAACCAAGGAAUCUGUAUAAAAUUAUUUAUAGGGGAUCAACAAGUACAAAAAAUAGUUCUAAAUAUAAGGAAUCCACCAUUUAAAUAUGAAGCAAUUAAUCAUUUUGUGUAAAAUACAUAUGAUCUUAAGAGAAGUCAAUAAUUAAAAUUCUAAAGCAUAAAUAAAGAUGAAUUUUAUUAAUUGAACAUAAAAAAAUCUGAAAUAAAGAAUGGUAAAUUCAAUAAGAUAUUUCUUGUAAAGAGAGAAAAUUAAGAUAGAGUUGUACAUUAAUUCUUAAUGCCUUCUAAUGAUGCAGCAAAAAAAGAUUAUGAAAAUUACAAAAGGGCAUAAUUAUUAAUUACUGAUUACACUUACAUAGUAAAAUGUCAUGAGAUAGGAUAAAUAAUUAAGAAGAAGUAAUAAUUUUAAAGGAAAUAAAAAAAGAGUAUUUAUAAUGAAUUGGAAAUUGGAUUAGAAUCAUCAUAUGAUAUUAUUUAUGCAAUUGAAGAUUAUGCAAAAUAGCCAAUAAAUAAAUUAAUUUAAAAGAGAUAAGAGAGAUAGGAUCAUUUUAAAUUAGAAACUAUAUCAGAGGCUUUGAUUACAUUAAUACAUGUAGCUUAAUAUCUGCAAUUUUUAUAAAUCUUUUAAAAGUAAUUUUCUGUAACAAAUUUGUAUUAUGAUGAAAAAAUAGGAUUUAAAAUUGGAGGAUUGUCACCAAUAUAUAUCUACAAAAAGAAAUAUAGAUUAAAGAAUGAAAAUGAUCCUAACACAUACAAGGCAUUAAAUCCACCAGAAUUACGUGGAUCUGCAGGUGGUUAUAGUAUUAAAAAUAAUUUGAAUUCUUAUAUUAAGUCUGAUAUUUGGCAAAUUGGUAUUGUAAUUCUUUCAAUGGCAUCACUCACAUUACCAAUAAAUUUUACAUAAAGUGAAGCUAUUGAUAAUAAAAUAAAAUAAGUUGAAUUAAAAUAUGGGUAUAAAAUAUAUAAAAUUAGGGAAAAAUUAGCACUUUUACUUAAGAAUAUGUUGUAACGAAAUCAAAAUGAUAGAUUUUCUAUAGAUGAUAUUAUUAUACCUGCAUAACAAUUGAUGCCCAUGAAUCAAAUGUAAUUAAAAUCAAUCAAAUCAAUAGAACGUAUAUAAGUAUUAAUCUACUAAUAAUAAGAUUCUAUCUAUUUCUUAAUAGUAAUUAGAAGACAUGGAUAAAUAGUUCAAGGAGAAAACUUCAGAAAAGUAAUACAUUAUAAAUUUGACUAUUGAUAAACAUAUUGUACAAUAGAUCUUAAUAUUUAAUUUUGAACGAAUCAAAAGAGAAUUUGUAAUACAAUUACACAUUAAUGUAUCUCCUUAAACUAUACCAGAUGAUUUAAUUGACAAAAUGAUGUCAAGUUUAGUUGAGUACUAAUAUUUAUAAUUAUUGGUACUAAAUCUUAAGAAAUGUACUAUAUCUGAUUAAGCCUAAAAGAAUAUUAUUAUUGCAGCCUCAUCUAUUAAAAAACUAAAACAAUUGACUCUUGAUAUUAGUGGAAAUUAAACUAUUCCUAUACCAUAAUCCAAAAUUAAGGUGGUUGUAUAUAACCAAUGA